GUCAAUGCCAGGGGACUACAUUUCCCGACAUUCCUGCACCGCUGUUUGUCGCUGUCUCAGUGACGUUGUCUGGAAUUAACGUGCAAGUUGCGCGGGAAACUGUGACAGUACACAUCCCGCGAGAGGAAGCGGCUGCCGGGCGGUAACGGGUGGAGGGGGAAAUAGAAGUGAGUUUGGGGGGGGAGGCCGUAUACCUGGAGAUACGAGGGUGUCCGGGUUCACUUAACAUUAGUAGCGGUCAUAUUUGGCCUGGCUCAUGGAUUCGGCAGUGACCUGUAAUGAGAAAGAGAUAGAAGUAGAAGAAAAGCACAAUGGUGAAGAGGAGAUUGAGUUUGUCGGUGAAUGCCAGUUAAGACCUGUUCUGGAAUGCGUUGACUUGCUUAGUAGCGAUGAUGAGACCCAGGCGUUGAAUGUGAAUAGAACCUUAAAGGACCAUGUUGAUUGUCAGAAGGACCGGGUGGCUUCCACGCUUGAGCGUCUUGCACGCCAUGUUGAAGAGUCAAAACAGCAGAAAGCUGAAAAAAACAGAGCAUUUCAGGAGAAAUUAAACUUUCAGCAUGCUCAUGGUUUGCAAGAGUUAGAGUUUAUCAAGGAUGUACCUGGCAAACAAGCUGCAAAAAUGUGUGUCAAAGAGUGGCUGAACAUGCCAGGCCUCAGACCAGGCUGUGUUUCAGCCAGCCGCCGAAACUUCUCUAGAUCUCGUGAAAGCAUUUCUGUGAGAAGUCAGUCGAUCAUUUGUCCCGUUAUGAAUUGCAACAGGAAGUUUGACAACGGACAACUGCUAUUAGGUCACCUCAAAAGGUUCGAUCACUCACCAUGUGACCCAACUAUUGCUCUUCAUGGUGUGUGUGACCACUCCACUUACGCCUGUGUUCUGUGUCUUAAAAGAUUUGGAAGUAUGAACGAGUAUAAUGAUCAUUUCUCAGCAAAGGCAAAGUUGACGGAUGGUCAUGAAAGACACAUACCUCCGCUGCUUAUCCAGUGUUUUGCCUGUCCAAGCUGUUUUGUAUUGUUUUACCAAAGAGAUGAGUGUCUCAAACACAUGUCUGCGAGAAAUCACUUUAGGCGAACCAUUGUUUUGAAAGACCAGAGGGACGCCCCAUGUCCUGUACCUAUGCCAGCGUAUGCAAAAAAUGUUUUGAUUGCCCUCUGUAAAGACAUUCUAUUCCAAAUAGUUUGUACAGCUUGUCGUCUUGAGCUGCGUUCUUAUACAGAACUUACUGCUCAUUUCAGAACACGGUGUCGAAAUGCUGGUCCCGUUUCCCUUUCUGAGAAAAGCAUCGUAGAUGUUGCUGCUGUAUUCCGACUGGAGGCCUAUUGUCCAUACUGUAAACUGGCUUUAAGUACAGACUCUCACAUUGUGAAGCAUACUGCCAAAACUAGUCAUAAGAUAAGGAGAAUUGCCUCUAUAGAGGAAUCUAUCCUGGUUUUCUGUUACAUCAAUGAAGGGACUAAAACCCCAUCUGAUAUCUGCUUGUCUGCAGCCAACGAUAGACUUAAACCUUGCACGCUUAAAAGGACUUUACACAACACUGAUAUUUCAAGUAAUAUUUUGCAAAAGUGCAAAAAAGAAAGCAAAAUGGCAACCAUUAACGACUGGCGUGUGAAGACAGAUCAGGAUAUCCUAAUAAAAGCAUGGUUCUGUGAAUGCCUUCAGCAAUUCCCAUCUGAGAAAGCCGCGGAAAAACAUAUUAUGACAGCCAACAGAAUUUUUCACAAAUGCUUGGUGUGUGGCAAGCUUGCUGAAGAUUUGGGCAUUAUUCACCUGCAUAUGAGCAGAUUCCAUGGUGGGGCACAUCUGAGUAAUUUCCGCUUCUGGUGCCAAAUAUGUCUUAUAGAGCUGGUGAGAGUUGAAAAUGUCAUGGCACAUGUUUCAGACAUUCAUGGAGGCCAUUCAUUUUAUUAUGAAGAAGAUGUCUUUGAGCAACCCUCCACAUCUACCGAGGCAAAGACUCCUAUGCUAUUGGAAGCAGAUCUUUCAGCAGUGCCACAGCAAGCUUCUAAAGGCAUGUGGCAGUGUCAUAUAUGUGAAGAAAUGUUUGACUCUGAAGAGACCGUUAAACAACACUGUAAGUCUCUGACCAUACAUCAGUUCCACAAAUACAUCUGUGACACCUGUAAAAAGAAAUUUCACAAGCUAGAAACUUUACUCCGACACUGUCAAUAUCAACACGAUGGAGACAUAAAGACAAAGUAUUUCUGUGGCCUUUGCGAAGAUCUCUACCUUGAUGAAGAGAAGGAUUUUCUUGCCCACUAUGAGAGCUUUCAUGGCCUAGAUUAUGGGUUUGUUCCAAAUCAGAUCCAGUCCCCUUCUAAAACGCCUGAAGUGACAUCUACUAGCUCAUCUGGAACGGAGAACCACCUGACAUGUGGCUGUCUUGCAAAAUAUACUGACAAAGCGAAGAGGAAGGAGGACAGCCAGCUAUGCUUAGCAAAACUGUUUGAGAAAGGAAAACUGUGGUACAGCUGCAGUUCAUGCUCGGCAACUGACCAAACAAUUGAGGGCAUAUGUAGGCAUUUAUGUAAGAAAGGCACAGAGCAGAGCAGAUCAGAUUUUCUUGUAAAGUGCAGCAUUUGUUCAAAGUCCUUCCAUGAAGCUGAACAUGCACAACUCCAUUAUCACGCAAAGCACUGUUUCCAUGAGAAACCCUACAUUAUUAGUAUACCUUGUGAAUCCAAGAAUGAGGUGUUCAAGUUUACAGCCGGUGGUUCUAGGGUAUCUAAGCAGCCAUUGUUGAUGGAGAAAGCCCAUACAGAAAAGUUACAUUACGAAGCUCUUGGCAAACCUAAAAAUAGGUCUGGUUCACCCACAGUGAAAAAUGAAGUAGAGUCUAUGGAUAUUGGCUUAACAGAUACAGCCCAUGCCGAAACUUCCUCAGGAAUGUCUCUUGUGAUGUCUGAACCUUUUUCAACUUCAACUGAAAAUAAAGAUGUAGACUUACAACCUAUGGAUCCAGGUUUUGAGGAAAGUGAUUUACCUGAUUUGGAAUUUCUUCAAACAAUGACCCACAUAGUGUUUGUUGACUUAGACAACUGGGCGCAGUUUUUUACUCAUCUACCGGGACAGUUGAACCAGGGAACGUUUGUCUGGGGAUUUCAAGGUGGAAAAAAUAUUUGGAAGCCCCCUAUUAACUGCAAGAUUUAUAAGUAUCUUUCAAACACCGGCUGUUUUUUCCUUCAUCCUCGCUGCAGUAAUAGGAAAGAUGCUGCUGACUUUGCUAUUUGCAUGCAUGCAGGUCGUCUUGAUGAGAAACUACCCAAGCAAAUCCCUUUCACCAUUCUUUCGGGUGAUAAAGGUUUCUUAGAGUUGGAUAACCAGUUCAAAAAAACACAGCGGCCUGCUCAUAUCCUUAACCCCCACCAUUUAGGAGGAGACAUGAUGUGUGCCUUGCUGAACAGCAUAGCGGAGACAACACAAGACUCGGAUGACACGGAGAAAAGCACAGUUGAGCAGGAGGAAGAAGCCAACAUUGACGAAGCAAUCAGAAGAAGCUUGGUGGAAAUGUAAAAGGGGAAAGCGACGUUGUUGAACAUGCCCUCUUUUUAUGAUUUAAAUCAAUGGUUUACUUGUUAAAGGGAUCCUGUCACCAUGAAAAUGCAAAGUAAUCUGCAGGCAGCAUGUUAUAGAGCAGGAGGAACUGAGCAGACUGAUAUAUAGUUUUGUGAGAAAAGAUUCAGUAAAACUUA